AUGCUCGCAGAAGGCACUGAUGGUAGAAGGCAUGGAGGUGAGCUGAUUGAUGCAGAGGUCUCUGCAUGCAGUCAGGGCAGGCAGAGGGGAGAGGAUGUGGAGGGGAGCGGAUGUGGAGGGGAGCGGAUGUGGAGGGGAGGGGACGUGGAUGGGAGGGACGUGGAGGGGAGGGGAUGUAGAGGGGAGGGGAUGUGGAGGGGAGGGGACGUGGAGGGGAGGGGAUAUAGAGGGGAGGGGCUGUGGAGGGGAGGGGAUGUGGAGGGGAGGGGAUGUGGAGGGGAGGGGAUGUGGAGGGGAGGGGAUGUGGAGGAGAUAGCUCUUGUACUGGAGGAACAUGAGUCAGGGUUGUGA